GAAAAAUCUUCUCUAGUCUGUGGUAAAAGGGUGAGUGAACUGCCUCAUUGUUAUUUAUUGCAUUUGACUCUAAUAAUACAUUAAUUAGCCGUUUUACUGGUACAGUGAGUGCAAUAACAUACAUUACAAGUCGUGACAGCCAUGCCGAUGUGAGUAAUACCGAAGGUGUGGCGCUGCGCUCUGGGCGUUGUUUCUGUGUUGAUCUUUAGUGCAAGUGACAUUUGUGUUACGAAAAAUAUUGUGCCUAGCCCGUCGCAAGAUGACCGAAUACAAAUUAGUGGUGGUAGGGGCCGGUGGCGUGGGCAAAUCCGCAUUGACUAUACAGCUUAUACAGAACCAUUUUGUGGACGAGUACGACCCUACGAUCGAAGACUCGUAUAGGAAGCAGGUGGUCAUAGACGGGGAGACUUGUUUACUCGAUAUCUUGGACACGGCAGGUCAAGAGGAGUACUCUGCCAUGAGAGACCAGUAUAUGCGGACGGGGGAAGGUUUCCUCCUUGUGUUUGCAGUGAAUAGUGCGAAGAGUUUCGAAGACAUUGGGUCCUAUAGAGAACAAAUAAAGAGGGUGAAGGAUGCGGAAGAAGUGCCAAUGGUGCUUGUUGGCAACAAGUGCGACCUUCAAGCUUGGGCUGUGGAUAUGACACAGGCGAGAGAGGUAGCGCGAAGUUAUGGGGUCCCCUUCGUAGAAACGUCAGCCAAGACCCGGAUGGGCGUCGACGACGCGUUCUACACGCUCGUGCGCGAGAUACGCAAGGACAAGGAGAGCCGAGGCAAGAAGUACCGGAGAGGGAAGAAGCUCGGCUCCCAGCGCACCUUCAAGUGCACCCUGAUAUAAGCUAAGACGGUGAGGAACGGAUACAGAGAUGCCUGUCUUUAAACACACCUCAAAGUUGAAUUUUUUUUAAUGACUGCUGUGCACACUAUACCUAGACAAAGUGGUUACUGUUACAUCAUUUAGAACUUGCUUUGACUUAGCUCAGAGCUAGAAUUAAGAUGAGAAAAAAAAUUCAGUGUCAUAUCACACAAUUCUGUUGUUUAUGACUAGCACAUAAAAUCUUAUUUCAACUCCAAGUAAAAUCUGAGCAAAGAUAAAGACAAGAAAGGAGUAAGACACUGUUAAAAUGAGACAGCAAUAUAUCACUGGUGUAAAUCUAUCUCAUUUAUAACUGAAACUUAAGUCUGAACAAAGUCAAAGUACACUCUAUAGUCUAAAGCUGAGAUCUUUACAGUUAAAUUAAUUAUCUUUACUUUGACUUUGCUUGGACUUAGAAUUAAAAUGAGACAGAUUUUUCCCAAACAAUGUUGUGUUAAAUCAAAUCAAAAAAAAAAACAAGAUUGUUUUUGCUAAUCCUGGGACUUGGUUCCACGGAAGAAAACCUCUUUUGGUCAUAAAAACAAUAUACUUACCUACCUACUACAAUUUGAUAUACCUAACUAAACAUACCACUUAAAAUUUAAGGUGCGCUUAAAUUUUAGUGUUUCUAUAUUUAUGGGUAUGUUAUAUUAGAACCAUCAUUUUUAUAUUUCAGCAAAUAUGAGAAUAACUUUUUAGCUCCUUAUCCCUUUUUUUAUCAAAAGGUUUGUUGAUGUACAAAAUGGUCAGGUGAAUCUAAAGGUUACUUUGUUUUACCUUCCUAAGGUUACCACACACUGCCAGAAAAUCCCCAAGAGGCGUAUUUGUCAGAGUGGUUAUUGUAACUCUUCAAGUUAACGUUAACUAUAUAGGUUGGUUACCCAGAGCUGGCACGUUCACUGUACUCACACAAUCGCAAUUUUAUUGUAAAACAUGUUCAAUGUUUAAUCUAAGCCUCAAUAGCUCAACGGUUAUAGGAGCAAACUGAAAACCGAAAGGUUGGAGGUUCAAACCCCACCCGUUGCACUAUUGUCGUACCCACUCCUAGCACAAGCUUAACGCAUAGUUGGAGGGGAAAGACUUAUGUUAGUCAUGAUUAAAAUAACUAAUAUUCUUUUUUAACAAAAAAAUUCAAAAACUUCAUAACAAACAAUUUAUCGUUUGACUGAGACGGAUGGAUUUAAGGUUGAAAUCUAUAGAGCCCACUUUGACUUUGCUUAGACUUAAGUUUCAGUUAAAACGAGACAGAUUUAUGCCAGCGGUACAACUCUGUCUCGUUUACAGUGUCUUAAGUCUGAGCAAAGUCAAAGUGCACUCUAUAGAUCCCAGCCUAAAAAAAAUCACACUGUAUUUCAUAAACAAAACAAUAAUUUUCUCUGUCACGCUCAUAAACUGUCCGCGCGCGAGUGAGAGAGAGACACUUCAUGACACUUGCGCUUAUCCAUAGACACUACACAAGCAUAAGGUGUGAAUGUGUUGUACGUGCAGCGCUAGGUAAUACACGUAUGUAUUAGUGUAUCAUUUAGUACAGAAGCUAACCUUCGGGAAAACGUCAUAAUCUGAUGUCAAUAUCUAACAUCCUUGACUUUUAGAAAUUACUGUAGGUACUGUAACUAAAUAUCCUAAUAAUUAUUAUAUUACAAACUUUUAUUAUAGGUAGUCAUAAUAUUAUAACUUUAAAUUACUUUAUAUGAAUCAAUAACACCCCUCUUUUUGGGUCGGGGGUUAAAAAGAAAGCUUAUAAACUAAAUAAUUAAAAUAUAAUAGGGGUGGCGACGCGAAAGCGUUGGAGAGCGCGGUAGGGUUAGGUAAUAGACCCUACUUUUCUUAAUACAAAUCGUACACGCAUACGCGCGCCUUCAGUGUUUUUUGAAUCUGUAAUCAAUCGCCGCCCUGAAUAAUAAAUAAUUUCAUACUUCUUUUUCUAUGUAUAAAGUUUGACAGAAAUUCCUUUCGCGUAUUUUUAUACUUACUAAUAAAUUAAAAUGUGGGUAUUUUCAAAUUAUUAUUAUACGUAAGCUUCUGCUAUUUACUUGUCUAUAGCUAGAUAGCGAUUAUAUCAAUUCUAGAAAUCAUAAGGGCUGUUGAAUACUAGUAUUAGGUAUAAAUAAAAUUAGAGAUCCGCAGACUACAGACUGAAGAUCGGCCGAAUUAAAAAAAUGGUCCUUCAUUAAAUAUUUCUAAUAGAAAAAUAAAAAUUUCCAAACUAAAAUUACAAAACUAUGGGUCGACUGAUCUAAAAGUCUGAAGUCUCUGGCAAGCCUUAUAGUUCGUUAAACUUCAUUUAUCAAGCUUGACUAAACAGCCUAGUGCCCAUUGGCCCCACUAAGUCGGCGAACUUAACUUUGUGUACAUUUACCACGUGCGGCCAACGCUGGCCGGCUUGCUGGCAUUCGUCGACCGAUUGGGUUAAUGUGUAUUGGACUGGAAUCCACAAUCGCGCCAGUUACAGUGCGACAAGGCUCUUUUGGCGCGUGGCCAAAAUCGAAACAAGCCGCGUUCUUCGCGAACUUGUUGAUAGUUCGCUGUAUCGGCAUAAAGCGACAACUGCGCCCUCACUCAAGUGCCAAAAGAGCCUGUCGGGACUGUAAAUGGGUGUGCGCGAAGGGUUAUCAUAGUUAAAAAAUCUCCCAAAAUCUGGGGAAAAAUUCUAUGUACAGAUUUAAUGUUUUAUUUGUAUGAUUUGGUAAAGGAACGAAUGUUGACAUGUGCUUUUUAUAUAUUGGUAAAAAAAUAAAGAAAAAUGUUUAUUUUGUAAGUUGUUACACAUCACGGUAUACCUAAAAGUUGGCUAUGCCGGCGCUUCCUCCACUAAAGCUCUUAAGCCAGAACGCCUCAAGCAGAAGAAGCGUCUGAAUAAACUGUCAUGUGUGGCAAAACCCAAAAAAACGUUCCAGCUCAGCAUAAUGCUGUAUGCCUUGAAUAUGCACAAAAGCAUAAAAAACCUAUUUUAUGGCGUACAUACAAAUUAAUAUCGUAAUUACAUUAUUUUUUGUAUUAGGUACUUUUCGAUGUAGAGAUUUUAACAAGUAUAGGAAAUUUUUACGGCGGGGUUUCAGUUCAGAAACAUUUUUAGGGCAGUCUAUAUUUUGCGCGACAAAUUGGGACGACAAAAACGAACAAUCAAGUUGUAUUGCGCGUUUUUAAGGUGUAUUGCCUGUCUUUUUGUCGCGCAAAAUAUAGGCUUGUAUUGCCAAAAAGUUUAUAGCCAAUCGAUGGAGCCCAAAUAACUCGUUAAAUUGAUUAUCCUAUCGACAGUAUUAGUGUAUACCAUCGAUAUUAUUGAGAGGAUAAUCGAAUUGAUGAGUGAUUUUGGAGUGAACACUCAAUUAAACGAUAGUCGAUUUUUUUUGGUACUAGUAUAGGUAACAAAGCUUAGAAUCACAAAUCUUUUCUACUUAUAUUUUUAGAGUGGUGGGUGCUAAAGUGACGGUUGUGUGCGAUACUGUGCUGUAGUUUAUUUUUACUAGUAUUAUAAUACGUCAACACGACGAAUGUUAUAUUUACGAAAAACUUUCAAUAUAGUUUCCGUUUACAGUUCACCCGCAAUAUAAAAUCUAGGAUUCUUUCCACUAAGGGCGCUGUUCAAAUUAAGUAAAAUAAACGUGAGCAGUACCGUAGGACGGUUCCGAAAAACCUGCAUCAAUCAAUUUUACAAUCGCAAUCGUGAUUGGCUGAAUUUAUGGUAUUCGUGUUGCAACAAUGCGUUGUAGCCAAUAGUGAGCGGCCGUCAACCAAUCAGAGGCGAUUGCGAUCGUGACAUUGUAACUGUCAUUCUACCGCAAUCGAGCCGCUGAACGAGUUUCGUUCAUAGAGAUCGCAAAACGAGCAGUCCAAGCUAAAGUUACAACAUGGCGGUUUGCGUAGGUCAUUAAAUACACAAACCCGGCUGAAAUCUGUUUUUGCGCAAUGCACAGUCAUACGCUUCAAGUUCACAUUGGACUACUUGUUUGGCGCACACUACAUAAAAAUUACACAUGGAAUUAAUACUUGCAGUAGGUACCUUUUUUUUCAGCUUAUACACUUAUACAUAUUUAUAAUAACACCUAGUUAUUAUUUUACAUAUCAUUGUUUUAUAGAACUGCAACUUUUUCAAUGUGUGUAAAACAUGUUUAAGUGAUUUUAGUUUUAGUCUGAAAUACGGUUUUAAGCGUUUGCAUUAUAGAUAAUUUUUCAAAGCAUAUCUACUGUUUUGUAAAUAAAAUAUUACAAUGUGUAUGUGUAUAGUGUGACCUACUUACAAACACUUUUUUGUUUCAAUGAUCAGCAGCUAAAACAGCAGACAUUGCUGCAUUAGCACUUUCGUAUACCUGGAUCACUGGAUGGUAUAUCUCAUAAAUGGCACGCAAAUAUUUUAUAGUUGUAUAAACGACUGUGUUGCCAUUGUUUUUAAUUCUGUACGUGUGAAUAACCUGAGUCUAUGAAAAUAAAUUGACAGAUUGAUUUCUAGAAGUAAUCAUCUUAAAAUCACAUUUACAAUUUUCUUAUAACAAUUUUAAUAUAAUAAUAAAUAUAAAACGAUUAUAGUUAGUACAAAUUUUUAUCUGCCUACCUUCGUCGCAGUUAAAACAACUUUAUGAUUCAAAUAUAAAAUAAUGUGAUAAAUGAUAUGUAUGUAUGAAAAGAUAUUAAGGGAAAGUUUAAAUGCUUGGUUCUCAGUACGAAGUAUUUAUUGAAGCCAAUACUUACGUCCCUUAGCUUUUACUUCCUAAUACAUUUUUACCAAUUGCUGCAACUGCCUCAUAAUGUGAUCACAUAAUUUCGAUUCCUGUCAGGGUCAAUUUAAAAAAUUUUCAUUGUCAUUGAAUAAUAAAUCUUCAUUACUAUUUAUUUUAUUUAUUUAUUUUUGUAAUUCCUCCAUUCAAGGCGAUUCAAUUCGCUUCGUAAUUAUAAUAAUUAGUAAUAAUACAAAUAAUCACACAAAUAAAAGUCAUUUAUAAUUAAUUAAUACAACACAACUUUUAAUGUAUCUUUUUCUAAACAAUAAAAAUAUAUAGUUAAGCGUAAGUCGUUAAAUUAUUUCUACUGUUGCUUAUAGACUUAAGAUGUAAUUAAAUCAAUCCUCUGAUAUUAUUGACUUUUAAAUUCUUAUGUACAUUAUUAACUUCUGCAUUAAUUAUUAUUAUUAAUUCAAAAUAUAUGAGGUUAAGUGAAGAUGGAAUGGAAAAUAAAUAUUAUUAUUCAGUUCAAAAAUGUAAAAAGUAUUCUAUAAUAUUAUGUUUUAUUAAUUUAAAAUACGCUCAAAAACCUAUAACAAAACUGCGAGGUAACAACAAAAUAUAAGGGCCUUGACGUCAUCUAAACGGCCCUAGUCUAGAAGACGCCAAGGCAGAAUUUACGUCUAAUUUAUAGAAAAAAUAUAAAUCAAUGUACUUGGGACUCCUUCAAACCGCGGAGGUGUCUGUACUUUAAUUACUUAUUUAAAUAUAUCUUUAUAGUUCUAGUUACUUUAUUGUAGUUAUUUUAAUUUUUCUUUAUAUUAAGUAAGUACAUGGUAUUUUUAAUCUUUUUUUUAAUGAUAAAAAAAUACCAUAAUAUUAUUUCAAAUUAAGAAUAGGUACAAUGAAAUCAAACGAAUUUUUAUACAAACAUUAUUUUAUUUCUGAUUUUGACAGUUUUCUUUAGAUUGUAUAAUUUUCGUGUACUUUAGUUUAGAGGAUAUUAUAAUAUGUGUAAUAUUAAUAACUUUUAAUUAUGAAAUCAUUUAAUUUAAAGCUGCCAAUAGAAAAUCAGCCAGAAAACUUUUGCCAUGAUAAUUAUUGUGAUGUGUUUAUUUUUUUAUAAUUUUGUUACAGUGUAUUUUACGAAAUCUAUGGAGUCACUUCAUAUUAUUUUCUUUACAUUGAACUACUAUAGAAUUCUUUUAAAUAAUAAACCGAAUUUGAUAAUACUGCACAAUUUGUUGGAAAUAGUAGAUAAUAUUUGUGAAUUAAUCUGUAAAAAAAGCACACCCAUCUGUGCUAAUUGAAAUAAAUAAAAUUGGCAAAAC